ACCAAGUCCAACAGCCAACCCAGCAGCAAUAACUGAAGCGGCAGAAAUCAGUGGAUUAUUCAUUAUAAGUUCCUCACAGCAAAAUAAAACAAAGAAAUGGUUAGUGAUACUAUCAUAUCAUGAUAUAAAUAAAAUAAAGAAAUGGUGAACCUGGAAUUUUAAGAAAAAGAUCUUUUCUUUUUGAUCUCUUUCUUUCUUUCUUUCUUCUUCUUGUUCUUCUUCCUUUUUAAUUCCAAUUCAUUACCUGACAUUUGUCUAUUUCUAUCCCCUAAGUGGAUUAUAUGGAGUUGCACAUACACUAAGUUUCGCUAAGCUAAAAAAUAAAAAAGAUGAUACUUGUACUUUCUCAAAUUAUAUAUAUUGGACAUAUUUGGGGUGAAUGGCUGCUUAUCAUAUUCCGACAAAGUUCCUGAUGGAUUUUAUUUUAUUCAUGGAAUGGACCCAUAUAUGUGGACUAUCUGCACUGAUCUGCAUGAGCAUGGUCGUAUUCCAUCAAUUGAAUCACUAAGGUCUGUUGAUCCUAGUUUUGAUUCUUCUCUUGAAGUGAGCUUGGUUGAUCUGCAAAGUGAUCGCAUCUUGAAAGAACUGCAAAACAGAGUUCACAACAUUUCUUGUAGUUGUAUUACACCAGAAGAGGUUGUUGAUCAGCUAGCAAAGCUCGUGUGUAACCACAUGGGGGGUUCAGCUACUUCUGGAGAGGAUUGCUUUGUUUCCUUCUGGAAAGAGUGUAGUGAUGAUCUAAAAUAUUGUUUAGGAUCAGUUGUGAUUCCUAUAGGCAGCCUAUCUGUGGGACUCUGCAGACAUCGAGCUCUACUGUUCAAAGUGUUAGCUGACUCAAUUGAUCUUCCAUGUCGAAUUGCAAGGGGCUGCAAAUAUUGUAAAAGAUUUGAUGCUUCUUCUUGUCUUGUUCGGUUUGGGCUUAACAGGGAGUGUCUUGUCGAUUUAAUAGGGAAGCCAGGUUACUUAAGUGAGCCUGAUUCCUUGCUCAAUGGUCCAUCUUCCAUUUCAAUUUCUUCCCCAUUGCGUUUUCCACGUCUCAAACCAGCCGAACCUGACAUUGAUUUCAGGUCACUGGCCAAACAAUAUUUCUCAUACUCUCAGUCAUUCAAUAUUGUGUUUGAUGAUGCUUCAGCAGGUGCUACUAUUAAUGAAGAAAAUGCUGGAUUCUCUCUUCAUGAUAAGCAGCAUGAUAAGAUGGGCACAGAGAGAAACAACUCUAUGCAGAUCUCAAGUGAAAUUUCAAAGUUACCUCCGCCUCCAAAGUUUGCUCAGAUAAAGAAGAUUGUAAAAGAUCCAAUCCCUUUUAAGCACAUUCCUCCAAUUGGACUUAGGGAUAUUUCAAUGUUGGGCUCAAUACCAGAUGUUGGUAAAGAUUCAAGGAUUUCUGAGUAUGGUCAACUUGUUCCUGGCAAGCCAGAGAGAGAACUUGCCCUUGAUGUAGAUGGUUUGGAUAUUCCAUGGAGUGAUCUUAUCUUAAAGGAGAGAAUUGGAGCAGGCUCUUUUGGAACUGUUCAUCGUGCUGAGUGGAAUGACUCGGAUGUUGCCGUGAAAAUUCUCAUGGAACAAGACUUGCAUGCAGAGCGUAUCAAGGAAUUUCGGAGGGAGGUUGCAAUAAUGAAACGAUUGCGGCAUCCAAAUAUUGUUCUUUUCAUGGGUGCAGUUACUCAGCCCCCAAACUUGUCUAUUGUGACAGAAUACUUGUCAAGAGGUAGCUUAUAUAGGCUUUUACAUAAACCUGGAGCAAGAGAAGUCUUGGAUGAGAAGCGUCGGUUGAAUAUGGCCUAUGAUGUGGCAAAGGGAAUGAAUUAUCUUCAUAGGUGCAAUCCUCCAAUUGUCCAUAGAGAUUUAAAAUCUCCAAAUCUUUUGGUUGAUAAAAAGUAUACUGUAAAGGUCUGUGAUUUUGGGCUUUCUCGCUUGAAGGAGAACACAUUUCUUCCAUCAAAGUCAGCAGCUGGAACGCCUGAGUGGAUGGCACCCGAAGUUCUCCGUGAUGAGCCAUCAAAUGAAAAGUCUGAUGUAUACAGUUUUGGUGUAAUUUUGUGGGAGCUUGCAACAUUACAACAGCCAUGGGGCAACUUAAAUCCAGCACAGGUUGUAGCAGCUGUUGGUUUCAAGGGUAAAAGGCUUGAGAUUCCACAUGAUCUCAAUCCUCUGGUGGCAGCCUUAAUCGAGGCUUGCUGGGCCAAUGAGCCGUGGAAACGUCCUUCCUUCUCUAGUAUCAUGGAAUCUUUGAGACCACUUAUUAAACCUCCCACACCUCAACCAAGUGACUCCAAUAUUUCACUGCUUACCUGAAGGGGUGGACGACCAGAAGGUCAUUUUACUCAUGCACAUAAUAGAACAUUCUUUUUGGCAUUUGAUAUCUGGCAAGAAUACAAGCUGUUUGAUAGUCAAGAAUUAUUGCUGUGCGUUCCUGCUCUCAUAACUGAUAGAGGAUCCAGAUUUUCAAUGUAUCCGAAAGAUUGUGGUAAAUUAUGUUACUCAUCCAAUCGUAAAAAUUAUUUCUUUCCAAGUUAGAUGUACCAUUACCGGGGAAAGGUUGUAGAAUGAUACUGUCUCCUCUAAUUUUGUAUGGAAAGAUUGUAACAAAUAAUAAUAAUAAUAAUAAUGAAUUCGAAAUUGCACC